UUCCGCAGACCAGUCUUGCCUGCUCAACCCGCGCGGGCAGACGUACCGAGCGAGAUCGCCGAGAUGGACGCGGAGCGCCUGAUCACUAAAGUAUUUGAGAGGCCACCAUUGUGGGACAGGAGAAACAAGCUCCGCUCAAACAGGAAUAUUGUUGAUAAACUGUGGGCUGAAAUCAGCAAAGAAUUAAAUUGUGAAGAGACACUGGUGAAAAGAAAAUGGAAAAAUCUUAGAGACCAAUUUGCUGUAGAGCUUGGAAAAUUUACACCUCGAUCAGGUGACGCUGCAGGUGACACUCAAACAUCAAAGUGGCAGUAUUUCAAGUCAUUGCAUUUCCUGAAAGAUGUCGUGAAACCUAGAGCUUCGACUGGAAAUUUCUCAAGUUUGCUAGCAAAAGGCACAGCUGAAACCUCAUUACCAGGACCAUCUCAGGUAAGAAACCAAACGGAUGGUGUGGAGUCUCCCUUGGAUGAAGAGGAAUGUGUGCCAGCCUCGCCAACCCAUACACAAGAUGUACCAGUAAGAGGAGAUGAAGAUUUGGACAAGCAAAGGAUUACUUCAAAUUCUUCUCGCCCAAAGAAACAAACAGCUGGCAAGCGCCCUAAAAAAGAAGACUACAACCAGAGCAUCUUAGACAUCGAAAGACAGAUAAUGCAGUACUUGAUAGAAAAUUCAAAUCGAAAGCGGGCCAAAGAUGACGACGAGGAUCUAAUGUUCUUUAAGAGCCUGCUACCUCAUGUUAAAAAAAUUCCUGAUGCAAAUAAGUUGACAUUUAGAAGCCACAUACAAGAACUUGUACAACAAUUUGCGUAUCAAGUUCCAAUCACAUCUCCCCUUCCACAUACCAGCAGUUCCCCAGUUUCUGCUCGUACGUUACUGGUGUCCCCCGACUCCUACGAGCACACUCUCUCCCCUGUGGAAACUCAAAUUUAUGCCACAGAUAGCGGCAGUAUACCUAUGUAGAUUAACAGUUUAUGUCUAUGGCAGAAGUUCUUUUAUGUCAUUACUAUAUUAUGAU